AUGCUUGUUCUGAACUAUAUUAUGUUACUCUAUGCUCCAGAUGGGAAGGCUCCAGAUGGGAAGGUGAUGAUGGAGUACAUUGGAGCAACCGGUGUUCCAGUAACAUUUACCCCUGUUCCCAUUGAAGAUGGCAUUGACUUCCACUUCAUACUAAGCUUUGCCAUUGAUACAGACUCCUCAGGAAAUCCCCAAAAUGGCACGUUCUCAGCAUACUGGGCACCAACCUUAACCUCAGAAUCAGUAGCAGCCAUCAAGGCCAUCCACGCCAAUGUUAAAGCCUUGGCCAGUCUCUCCGGCUGGAGCCUAGGCAACAAAGUCCUCCGUUGCACGACUGCACCCUACAUGGAACUCUAUAACCGAUGUGGAGAUGUGAUUGACUACGUAAACCACCAAUUCUAUACCGAUAAGGUCAAGACCCUGAGGGGAUUUUUGGAAGCCUUCAGACUUAGAACUCAGCAGUUUGGGAGAGAGAAAGUGUUGCCUAGCUAUGAAGUUAAUGGGAGGGGAAUUCAAGGGGAUGCAUUUUUUGAGGCUUUGAAUCUUUUGGAAGAAAAUGGUUUUGAUGUUAAUGGGGUGAUGAUCUUCUCUGCUGAUGCUUCUGCUUCCAAUGACUAUUAUUAUGAGAGGAAAUCUCAAGCUUUCUUGCUCAAUUCUACUAGCACAUGA